UUGGCGCCGUCUGGACCUCCUCGCUUGCCGUAGAUGUCAGCGCGCUGCGGGCCAGACUCCAAGAUGCCCGCCGUCGGCUUCUUCUUCCUGCCGCGGCUCUGAACGUGGACGUGGGCGAAAUGUCGCUCGGCGGAGAAGGCAGCCGGGGCUUCUACUUCGACACCGUCUUGUCCCUGGCUCGCUCGCUGGCGGCUCAUCGGCAAGCGCCGCUCGACAAGGUGCAGAAGUUGCAAUGCAUGUGUCCCGUGGAUGUGAGAGGAGUGUUUCAGCUGGAUGAGAGGCGGCGUGAUGCUGUGGUCGCUCUGGGCAUCUUCUUGGUGGAGUCCAACCUGCAGCACAAGGAUGCAAUUGUCCCGUACCUUCUCGGACUUCUCAGGGGACUUCCUCGAGUUCAGUGGAUUGAGGAGAGCUCGGAGCGGAAAGGACGAGUAAUACUUCCUGUUGCGGAAAACUUCACCUUCUGUCUAGUGACGCUCCUGUCGGACGUCGCCCAACGCGAUGAAUCCAUGCGUGAACAGAUUCUGGAGACCAUUAUGGAUGUCAUGCAGGUCCUGCAGGAGGUCUGCAAGGAUUCUGAAUCUCAUGAUAAAGAGUACUUGUGUCGCUACACGGUUCCCACCCUGCUGGGCGUGGCCAGAGCUUUCGGCAGAUACAGCAACACAGACGAGCCGCUGCUGUCCAAGCUCUUCCCUCGGCCGGUGGGCCCGCCUCUGGCCUGCGUGGACGACGGCGACGCGGCUCGCCGGCGCUCCUUCAACGACUUCCGCUCCAUCCUGCCCAGCUCCUUCCUCACCGUGUGCCAGGCGGACACGCUGAGGCGUAAGAGCUCCUCCGUGUCAUCCGUGUCUCAGCAGGCCAGUCCGGAGAGGACGGGACUAACACCGAGCUCCCCCGCUGAUCCCUCAACACCUUACUUUGAAGGCUCCUACCUUCCUGACGGCAGCUCAGUGGACCCCAACUACUACUUCUCCACCAUCAGCUCCAGCUUCUCCGUGUCGCCCCUCUUCACCGGCAGCAGCUCUGGAGAGUUCCACGUCCCCCUGGACAUGCUCAGACAACUUCUCCAAAUGGGCGAACAAGUUGUCUCGGAAUCCUUUUUAAAGUCACUGGAUGAAACCUUGGCAGAACUGAUAGAGCAAAGUCCUGGUCUUCAUCUGUACUACAAGACCUUCAGUGACACCCUGUACGUGGCCAUAUUUAAAAUGCUCAGAGACACCCUGUACAACUUGAAAGACCUCCAGACGGACUUUGUCAAGGAGGUGCACGACUUUGUGCUGGAGCAGUUCAGCAGCAGCCAGUCGGAGCUGCAGAGGAUCCUGCAUGACGUGGAGUACCUGCAGAGCGAGCUGAGCCCGCUCAAGCUUCGCUGCCAGGCCAACGCCGCCUGCGUGGACCUCAUGGUGUGGGCUGUCACCGAGGAGCAGGGAGCGGAGAACCUUUGCAGCAAACUCUCGGAGAAGCUGCAGUCCAAAACCUCCAGUAAAGUCAUCAUCGCUCACAUGCCCCUCCUCAUCUGCUGCCUUCAGGGCUUAGGUCGCCUGUGUGAGCGCUUCCCGGUGGUGGCCCACUCCGUAACCACGUCGCUGAGAGACUUCCUGGUGGUGCCCUCUCCAGUCCUGGUCAAGCUAUACAAAUACCACAGCCACUGCGCGCCAGUGAGCGGUGAGAUAAAGAUCCACGUGACCAACGAGCACUCCCAGUCCACCCUCAACACCAACCCCAACAAGAAGAGCCAGCCCUCCAUGUAUGAACAGCUGAGGGACAUCUCCAUAGAUAACAUCUGCAGGUGUCUAAAGGCGGGGCUGACUAUGGAUAACGUCAUCGUGGAAGCUUUCCUGGCGAGUCUGUCCAAUCGACUCUACAUCUCACAGGAAAAUGACAAGGAUGCUCACUUGAUCCCGGACCACACCAUCCGGGCGCUGGGUCACAUCGCCGUGGCCCUGCGAGACACGCCGAGAGUGAUGGAGCCCAUCCUGCAGAUCCUGCAGCAGAAGUUCUGCCAGCCUCCUUCUCAACUAGACGUGCUCAUCGUGGACCAGCUGGGCUGCAUGGUCAUCACUGGCAACCAAUACAUCUACCAGGAAGUGUGGAAUUUAUUCCAGCAGAUCAGCGUGAAGGCCAGCUCCAUGGUCUACUCCACCAAGGACUACAAGGACCACGGCUACAGACACUGCUCGCUGGCAGUCAUCAACGCUCUGGGCAACAUAGCAGCCAACAUGCAGUCCGAGCAGAUGGUGGACGAGCUGCUGGUCAACCUGCUGGAGCUCUUUGUCCAGCUGGGCCUGGAGGGGAAGAGGGCCAGCGAGCGGGCGGCAGACAAAGGCCCGGCUCUGAAGGCAUCGAGCAGUGCUGGCAACCUCGGGGUUCUCAUUCCUGUCAUUGCAGUGCUGACUAAAAGGUUGCCGCCCAUCAAGGAGGCCAAACCUCGCCUGCAGAAGCUCUUCAGGGACUUCUGGCUCUACUCGGUGGUGAUGGGCUUCGCAGUGGAAGGCUCAGGUCUGUGGCCAGAGGAAUGGUACGAGGGCGUUUGCGAGAUCGCCACCAAAUCUCCGCUGCUGACGUUCCCGAGCGGCGAGCCUCUGCGGUCCGAGCUGCAGUACAACUCGGCGCUGAAGAACGACACCGUCACGCCGGCAGAGCUCAACGACCUCCGCAGCACCAUCAUCAACCUGCUGGACCCGCUUCCAGAGGGCGCCGCGCUCAUCAACAAGCUGGACUUCGCCAUGUCCACGUAUUUGCUGUCCGUCUACAGACUAGAGUACAUGAGGAUGCUGCGUGCCCUGGACUCGGAUCGCUUUCAGGUCAUGUUUCGCUACUUUGAAGACCGAGCCAUCCAGAAAGACAAAUCUGGCAUGAUGCAAUGUGUGAUAGCUGUCAGCGACAAGGUCUUUGAGGUCUUCCUGCAGAUGAUGAUAGAGAAAGCAAAAACCAAAGCCCACGAGGAGGAGCUGGAACGCCACGCUCAGUUCCUGUUGGUCAACUUUAAUCACAUCCACAAGAGGAUCCGCAGAGUGGCUGAUAAAUAUUUGUCUGGCUUGGCAGAAACCUUUCCUCACUUGCUGUGGAGCGGCCGCGUGCUGAAGACCAUGUUGGACAUCCUGCAGACGCUGUCGCUUUCCCUCAGCGCAGACAUCCACAAAGACCAACCUUACUACGACAUUCCCGACACUCCUUACAGGAUAACGGUCCCUGAUACCUACGAAGCCAGAGAGAGCAUAGUGAAGGACUUUGCCGCUCGCUGUGGGGAAAUCCUGAAGGAGGCAAUGAAAUGGGCUCCGUCCGUGACCAAAUCCCACCUCCAGGAGUAUCUGAACAAACACCAGAACUGGGUGUCGGGUCUCUCGCAGCACACGGGCCUGGCCAUGGCUACAGAGAGCAUUUUGCACUUUGCUGGCUACAACCGCCAGAGCACCACGCUGGGGUCCACUCAGUUGACCGAGAGGCCCACCUGCGUGAAGAAGGACUACUCCAACUUCAUGGCCUCCCUCAACUUGAGGAACAGAUAUACUGGAGAGGUGUCGGGCAUGAUCCACUUUGCCCAGGCGGUGCGGGGGCAGUCGGACCUGGUCCGGCUGAUGAUCAAGCAGAUGGGAGAGGCUUUGGACUCGGCCCAGGCCGAGGGCUUCACUGAGGCCAUGUUCAAACUGGCCGCCUUGCUUAUCAGCACUAAAGAGUGCGACCCCCAGCUGCUGCACCACCUCUGCUGGUCGCCUCUCAAGAUGUUCACGGAGCACGGCAUGGAGACGGCCAUAGCCUGCUGGGAGUGGCUGCUGGCCGCACGCGCCGGCAUGGAAGUGCCGUUCAUGCGGGAGAUGGCGGGAGCGUGGCAGAUGACAGUGGAGCUCAAAAUGGGCUUGUUUUCUGACACCCACCAAGAGGCGGACCCCCUGGCGGCGUCUGAAGAGAGUCAGCCCAUCCCCUGCCCUCCGGACGUCACCCCUCACCACAUCUGGAUCGAGUUUCUGGUGCAGAGGUUUGAGAUCGCCAAGUACUCCAGCGCAGACCAGGUAGAGAUCUUUUGCAGUUUGCUACAGCGCUCGCUGUCCCUUAACGUGGGCGGGGCCAAGAGUGGCUUCAAUCGCCACGUCGCCGCCAUCGGACCUCGUUUCAGGCUGCUGACACUAGGCCUCGCUCUGCUCCACUCUGACGUCAUCAUCAACGCCACUAUAAGGAACGUGCUCAGAGAGAAGAUCUACUCCACAGCCUUUGAUUACUUCAGCGUGUCUCCAAAAUUCCCCACCCAAGGUGACAAGCGCCUGCGCGAGGACAUCAGCAUCAUGAUCCGCUUCUACGCCAGCAUCCUGUCGGACAAGAAGUACUUGGCAGCGUGCCACCUGGUCCCCCCCGACAACCAGGACCCGUCCUUGAACAGUCUGUCCGUGAUGAACGCCGCCGACAUGCGGAGCAACGUGGACUCCAGCACUCGCUCCCAGCAGAGCGGCCAGGGUUGGAUCAACACCUACCCGCUGUCCAGUGGCAUGUCCACCGCGUCUAAGAAAUCCGGCGUGUCCAAGAAGAGCAACAGAGGGACACAGCUCCACAAAUACUACAUGAAGCGCAGGACUCUCUUGUUGGCGCUGCUGGCGAGCGAGAUCGAGCGCCUGACCACAUGGUACAACCCGCUGUCCACCCAGGAGCUGGCCAUCGCCAUGGAGCAGUCUGUGGAGACCAGCAUCGCCAACUGGAGGUCCAAGUACAUCAGCCUGACGGAGAAACAGUGGAAGGACAAUGUCAACCUGGCCUGGAACAUCGCGCCUUACCUCGCCAUGCAGAUGCCAAGCAGGUUCAAGAACGACGCCAUCAUCGCUGAGGUGACCAGGCUGGUGCGUUUGGACCCCGGAGCUGUUAGCGACGUUCCAGAAGCCGUGAAGUUCCUGGUGACUUGGCACACCAUCGAUGCCGACUCUCCAGAACUGAGCCACAUCCUGUGUUGGGCCCCGGCAGACCCGCCCACCGGCCUGUCCUACUUCAGCAGCAUGUACCCGCCUCACCCUCUCACUGCUCAGUACGGCGUGAAGGUGCUACGCUCCUUCCCUCCGGACGCCAUCUUGUUCUACAUCCCUCAGAUUGUCCAAGCCCUGCGCUUCGAUAAGAUGGGCUAUGUCAGAGAGUACAUCCUGUGGGCCGCCCAGAAGUCCCAGCUUCUCGCCCACCAGUUCAUCUGGAACAUGAAGACCAACAUCUUCAUGGACGAGGAGGGACACCAGAAAGACCCUGACAUCGGGGAGCUGCUGGAGCAGAUGGUGGAGGAGAUCACAGGAUCGCUGUCGGGCCCGGCCAAGGACUUCUACCAGCGAGAGUUUGACUUUUUCAACAAGAUCACCAACGUGUCGGCCAUCAUCAAGCCGGUCCCUAAAGGGGAGGAGAGGAAGCGAGCUUGCCUGAAGGCUCUAUCAGACAUCAAAGUUCAGCCAGGUUGUUACCUGCCCAGUAACCCCGAGGCCAUAGUCCUGGACAUCGACUACAAGUCUGGCACCCCCAUGCAGAGUGCCGCCAAGGCACCCUACCUCGCCAAGUUCAAGGUGAAGCGCUGCGGCGUGAGCGAGCUGGAGAGGGAGGGACUACGCUGCCCUUCCGACUCCGUGGACGACGGCGAGGAGAAUCCCGAUGGGCCGCGUAGGAUCUGCUGGCAGGCGGCCAUCUUUAAAGUGGGAGACGACUGUCGGCAGGACAUGCUGGCGCUGCAGAUCAUUGGACUCUUCAAGAACAUCUUCCAGCUGGUGGGUCUGGAUCUGUUUGUCUUCCCAUACCGCGUGGUGGCCACGGCUCCUGGGUGCGGCGUGAUCGAGUGCAUCCCGGACUGCAAGUCCCGGGACCAACUAGGUCGGCAGACGGACUUUGGCAUGUACGACUACUUCCGAAACCAGUACGGCGACGAAUCCACGCUGGCCUUCCAGAAGGCUCGCUACAACUUCAUCCGCAGCAUGGCGGCGUACAGCCUCCUGCUCUUCCUGCUACAGAUCAAAGACCGACACAACGGCAACAUCAUGCUGGACAGCAAAGGACACCUCAUCCACAUCGACUUUGGCUUCAUGUUCGAGAGCUCCCCCGGCGGCAACCUGGGCUGGGAGCCCGACAUUAAGCUGACGGACGAGAUGGUGAUGAUCAUGGGAGGCAAGAUGGAGGCCACGCCCUUCAAGUGGUUCAUGGAAAUGUGCGUCAGGGGAUAUCUGGCCGUACGGCCCUACAUGGACGCUGUGGUCUCCUUGGUCACGCUCAUGCUGGACACGGGUCUGCCCUGUUUCCGAGGACAAACCAUCAAACUCCUCAAAGGAAGGUUUAACCCGCAGAUGAGUGAGAAAGAAGCCGCAGCGUUCAUCAUCAAGGUGAUCCAGAGCUGCUUCCUCAGUAGCAGGAGCAAGACCUACGACAUGCUGCAAUAUUACCAGAACCAAAUUCCCUACUGAGGCUCUCCUGCUGUAACGAGUCCAGUACGGACGCUGAUCCCAGACUACAUGCUGUCCCUCCGAGAGCAAUAACUCCGGUUUUAUCCAACACUUUUACCUAAAGAGCUCUUUGAAAUCGCCCUUUAAGAGCCAUAUUUACACUCUUUGUGUCAUCAUCAUCAUCAUCAUCAUGCUGCUCUUCACUUCCAGUGCACUUUAUUUCUGUCAGUAUUGUCACCUCACAUCAGAGACCUGCAGUGUUUUUCUACCUCGCCGUGGACUGAAAGAGAAGGAGCGGGAGGAAACAUUUUAACGCGGCGACCAGAAGAAAUCAUCCAACAUGUUCUUGCGCGAGCUAACAGUGUUAGUUACAUUCCACCGGCAGCGGGGUGCAUGCUGGGAACCUCCACUUUAAAGGCCUACUGAAAGCCACUACUAUGCAGUCUGAUAGUUUAUAUAUCAAUGAUGAAAUAUUAACAUUGCAACACAUGCCAAUACGGCCGCUUUAGUUUACUAAAUUGCAAUUUUAAAAAUUUCGUGCGGAAGUAUCAUGCUAAAACGUUGCGGUAUGAUGAAGCGUGCGCGUGACGUCACGCAUUGUAGAGGACAUCUUAUUCCAGCUAUAAGUCGUCUGAUUUUAUCACAUAAUUCCACAGUAUUAUGGACAUCUGUGUUGCUGAAUCUUUUGCAAUUUGUUCAAUGAAUAAUGGAGGCGUCAAAGAAGAAAGCUGUAGGUGGGAAGCGAUGUAUUGCGGCCACCUUUAGCAACACAAACACAGCCGGUGUUUCCUUGUUUACAUUCCCAAAAGAUGACGGGGAAGCUUUACUAUGGAACAGAGCGGCAUGGCGUAGUGGGUAGAGCGGCCGUGCUAGAAACCUGACGGUUGCAGGUUCGCUUCCCACCUAUUGACAUCCAAAAAAGCGCUGCCGUUGUGUCCUUGGGCAGGACACAACUCAUCUGUAUACUCUAGCCUUUAAAUACACCUCCUUUUUAGACCAGUUGAUCUGCCGCUUCUUUUCUUUCUCCUAUGUCCCCCCCUCCCUUGUGGAGGGGGUCCGGUCCGAUGACCAUGGAUGAAGUACUGACUGUCCAGAGUCGAGACCCAGGAUGGACCGCUCGUCGGGACCCAGGAUGGACCGCUCGCCUGUAUCGGUUGGGGACAUCUCUACGCUGCUGAUCCGCUUGAGAUGGUUUCCUGUGGACGGGACUCUCACUGCUGUCUUGGAGCCACUAUGGAUUGAACUUUCACAGUAUCAUGUUAGACCCGCUCGACAUCCAUUGCUUUCGGUCCCCUAGAGGGGGGGGGGUUGCCCACAUCUGAGGUCCUCUCCAAGGUUUCUCAUAGUCAGCAUUGUCACUGGCGUCCCACUGGAUGUGAAUUCUCCCUGCCCACUGGGUGUGAGUUUUCCUUGCCCUUUUGUGGGUUCUUCCGAGGAUGUUGUAGUCGUAAUGAUUUGUGCAGUCCUUUGAGACAUUUGUGAUUUGGGGCUAUAUAAAUAAACAUUGAUUGAUUGAUUGACUUCACCAUUUGCCCCUGGUGCCGCUCACACUGGUGAAUGAAUGACAGGUGGUGGUCGGAGGGGCCGUAGGCGCAAACUGGCAGCCACGCUUCCGUCAGUCUACCCCAGGGCAGCUGUGGCUACAGAUGUAGCUUACCACCACCAGGUGUGAAUGAAUGAUGGGUUCCAUCUUCUCUGUGAGCGCUUUGAGUAUCUAAUAAUAGAAAAGCGCGAUAUAAAUCUAAUCCAUUAUUAUUAUUAUUAUUAUUCAAGUGAACACGGCUGGAUUGGACCACACACAAAGUACAGUGUAUUAUGCAGCGAUCAUUUCGAAAGAUUGUGUUUCAAAGAGGGCAGAGAUGGGCUGAAGAAAGGUGCUGAAGAAAGGUGCGGGGCCGACCUUCAGGUUGUACAGGUACGACCAUAUAAUCUCACUAAAACACUAGUAACAAAAUAAGCAGAUAAGGGAUUUUCCAGAAUUAUCCUAGUAAAUGUGUCUAAUAACAUCUGAAUCGUUCCCACUGUAUAGUCUUUUUUUUUUUUUCUUUCUAGUCCUUCACUCUCACUUUCCUCAUCCACAAAUCUUUCAUCCUCGCUUAAAUUAAUGGGGAAAUCGUCGCUUUCUCGGUCUGAAUCGUUCUCGCUGCUGGUGGCCAUGAUUGUAAACAAUGUUCAGAUGUGCGCGUGACGUCACGCACACAUCGUCUGCUACUUCCGGUACAGGCAAGGCUUUUUUAUUAGCGACCAAAAGUUGGGAACUUUAUUGUUGAUGUUCUCUACUAAAUCAUUUCAGCAAAAAUAUGGCAAUAUGGCGAAAUGAUGAAGUAUGACACAUAGAAUGGACCUGCUAUCCCCGUUUAAAUAAGAACAUCUCAUUUCAGUAGGCCUUUAAAAGGAACGAGAACGGGACUGUCAAAUCAGUUGAUGUUUUAGGAACCAUUUUGUUGUAAAUGUCGCAAAGCAUUGGGGGAGCGUAAGAGGGGGAAGACAAUGGCGAGAGUCGCAUAUCUGCACGCGCACAAGUCCGACACGUCGUUGGUGCGCACAAACCCGUUUGGAAACAUUCCUCCUGUGUGUCAUGUGACCUCGCAGCCGCAUAGGGCGACUUGACCUAAAAAGCCAUUUCUGCAAAAUAUAUAUGCAAUAUUCCCACGUACUGAUGCUGUCUUUGUGUGUUCCCCUUGACUGCAGUGUUGUCCUGUUGUCACACCGCUGAGAGUGUUAGGAUUUCAAACUUGAAGGGGCUUUUAUUGUCUGAUGGUGAGUUCUUCACACCCCUCAUCAUAACCACUUUUAUUGUAAUGCAAACACCGUUAAAGGUUCCAUUUAGAUAGAUAGAUAGAUAGAUAGAUAGAUAGUACUUUAUUGAUUCCUUCAGGAAAAUUUAAAUUCCAGCAGCAGUGUACAGAGUUGAGAUCAAUUUAAAUAAAAGUAAAUAAUGGGGGUUUAAAUGGAAACAAAAUAGAGAAAUAUUACAAUAAGAAUAAAAACUAAAAAGCAACAAUGGGAAUAACAAUAUAACAGUAAAAUAAGAAUAUAGCAAGACAAAGUAGGCAGUAGUGACCAUGUUAUGAAAACGUAUUGCACUGUUAUUGUUUUGGUAGCCAAAUUGCAGCCAGUAGGGGGAGUUAGCAUAAAGGUCUUUAAAGGGGAACAUUAUCACAAUUUCAAAAGGGUUAAAAACAAUAAAAAAAUCAGUUCCCAGUGGCUUGUUGUAUUUUUUGAAGUUUUUUUCAAAAUUUUACCGGUCUCGGAUUAUCCCUAAAUAAAGCUUUAAAGUGCCUUAUUUUCGCUAUCUUCGUAACCACUGGCCAUUUCCCUGUGACGUCAUCCAGGGCUGCCAAUGUAAACAAACAAUGGGAAUACCACAGCAAGAUAUAGCGACAUUAACUCGGAUUCAAACUCGGAUUUCAGCGACUUAAGCGAUUCAACAGAUUACGCAUGUAUUGAAACAGAUGGUUGGAGUAUGAAAGUAUUGAAGAAGAAACUGAAGCUAUUGAGCGAAUAGCUAUUGACGCUAUUCAUAGCCAUAGCAUGGCCGAAUAGCUGCGUUAGCAUCGCCGGUAAAAUGUGCGGACCAAACGAUCAGGACUUUCGCAUCUUUUGACACUGGAGCAACUUAAAUCCGUCGAUUGGUAAGUGUUUGUUUCGCAUUAAAUGUGGGUGGAAGGAAACGUAAUAUAGUUGCAAAUGCAUCUACAGGUUAUCCAUACAUCUCUGUGCCAUGUCUGCUUUAGCACCGCCAGUAAAUAGCAUGUUAGCAUCGAUUAGCGUAGCAUGUUAGCAUCGAUUAGCUGGCAGUCAACAUCAACAAAAGUCACCUUUGUGAUUUCGUUGACUAUCGUUGCAAAUGCAUCUGCAGGUUAUCCAUACAUCUCUGUGCCAUGUCUGUCUUAGCAUCGCCGGUCAAAUGUGGAGACACUCUGGUACAUUCAAUGGGGGUCUGGCGGCAGACACUUUGGCAUCUUGGGGCCAGUGGUGCAACUUGAAUCCCUCCCUGUUAGUGUUGUUACACCCUCCGACAACACACCCACGAGGCAUGAUGUCUCCAAGGUUCCAAAAAAUAAUCAAAAAAACGGAAAAUAACAGAGCUGAGACCCGGUGUUUGUAAUGUGUUGAAAAUGAAAAUGGUGGGUGUGUUACCUCGGCGACGUCACAUUCUGACGUCAUCGCCUCCAGAGCGAUAAACAGAAAGGCGUUUAAUUCGCCAAAAUUCACCCAUUUAGAGUUCGGAAAUCGGUUAAAAAAAUAGAUGGUCUUUUUUCUGCACCAUCAAGGUAUAUAUUGACGCUUACAUAGGUCUGCUGAUAAUGUUCCCCUUUAAAUGAUUGUGAAACCAUAUCAACGUCCAAUUUGGUAAACACCAUUGUCUCACUGUCGCCUCCGGAGGCAGGAAAAGGCACUACACGACAGGCGUUAGCUGUUAGCAUGUGCAGGCUAAAACUUUCUUUUGACAAAUUGCACCUUUAAUCACGGAGAAUGAGUUUGUCAAUGUUUGUAAGUUUCAUCAGAGUCAAACGUAUGUAUUUUUAACGGUUUGCCUCGUUAUAACGUCAGCAGCAUUAAUGCUGAUUUCAAAAUAAAAGCCGAAUAUGAGUCAACAAA